AUGGCGCUGAGCGGCGUGCGGGUGCUGGAGCUGGCGGGGCUGGCGCCCGCGCCGCUCUGCGCCAUGAUCCUGGCCGACUUCGGCGCGCGCGUGGUGCGCGUGGACCGCGUGCCGCGCUCCGCCGUGGCCGCCGACGCGCAGGGCCGAGGGAAGCGCUCGCUGGCGCUCGAUCUCAAGCGGGCGGCGGGCGCGGCGGCGCUGCGGCGGCUGUGCCGCGCCGCGGACGUGCUCGUGGAGCCCUUCCGCCACGGUGUAAUGGAAAAACUUGGUCUUGGUCCGGAGGUUCUUUUGGAAGAGAACCCCCGGCUCAUCUAUGCUAGACUCACUGGAUUUGGCCAGACAGGAAAAUACGCCAAGUCUGCAGGUCAUGACAUCAAUUUUUUGGCAUUAUCAGGUGUGCUGUCAAAGCUGGGUAGAAAAGAUGAAAAUCCUUAUGCCCCUUUAAACCUUCUGGCUGACUUUGCUGGCGGAGGUGUCCUGUGUGCAAUGGGCAUUAUUAUAGCCCUGUAUGAACGUACCAGAUCUGGCAAAGGGCAGAUCAUUGAUGCCAGUAUGGUAGAAGGCACGGCAUACCUGAGUUCUUUUCUGUGGAAAUCACAAAAUUUAGGACUAUGGAACAGACCCCGAGGUGAGAACUUACUGGAUAGUGGAGCUCCUUUCUAUGAAACCUACAGGACCUCCGAUGGAAAAUACAUGGCUGUUGGUGCCAUUGAGCCGCAGUUCUAUGAGCAGUUAAUAAAGGGCCUUGGGCUAGAUUCAGAUAAACUUCCUAGUCAGUUGAGUUUCUCUGACUGGCCCAGAAUGAAGAAAAUGUUUGCAUCCAUAUUUGCACAGAAGACACAAGAGGAAUGGUGCAGCAUAUUCGAUGGUGCUGAUGCCUGUGUGACCCCUGUUUUAUCCUUUGAUGAUGCUGUCUCACAUCAGCAUAACAAACAAAGAGGUUCUUUUAUCAAAAAUGAUCAGGAAGAGAUAAGUCCUAGACCUGCUCCUCUCCUUUCACGGACCCCGGCAGUUCCAUCUUUUAAAAGAGAUCCUUUUAUAGGAGAACACACAGAAGAGAUACUUCUAGAAUAUGGAUUUAGCAAGGAAGAGAUUGCUAAACUGCAUUCUGAAAACGUAAUUGAAUUCAGUAAACCAAAAGCUAAUUUAUAAUCUCUAACUGCGCCAAUCAGAAGAAUUUCAGGUGGAUGCAGUAAGAUAUUAUGCAUUAAAACUGAAUUAUAUAGCAAAUAAUGUUUGUAUGAUAUCACUUUUAAGUGAAUGUUUUGAAUGAAGAUUUAAAUUUAAUUGACAACCUAUACAACUGGGUGACUUGYACUAGAGUAUACAAAUCGUGUUCUUAAUAAAUGUAGAAUGUUGCUAAAAUUGUGUUCUGGCAAUCUGCAGUGUUUGUUUACUAAGCAGAUGUAAAUCCUCAUAAUAUUUCUUUAAAUAGCAUGCUCUGCAAAAUGGUUAUUUCUUUUCAUUUGAAUUCUUAGUUACAUGCUUGCUUUGUA